AGCCAUUAGUACGAACGCUUGUGAGUUAACUGAGAAGUUUGUUCUAAGAGACCUUUCUGAUCUUUUCUGGAGCUAUAAAGUCAAGCGCGAAAUUUCUCAAGGUCCAAAGUACACUUCCCAGAUCUGGAAGUCUGCUGUGAUUGGUCUACGUUUUUUUCCGCUCAAGUCACAGACGUUCGUGGGGCAGGAACGCGUGACGAACCCCUAAGAAAGUCUGCGUGGGAGGCUAGUCAUUUACGGUACACAGAAGACCUCGUUCCCAGGGUCUUUUCACCGAGAGCUAGUAACUAGUGAUUGACAUAAAGAACGUGCAUUCAAUUGCAAGGCCUGUGUAGGUGUUUUCCAGUGGGGGAGUGGGGUUAAGGGAGAGCACUGUGAAAUGUGGAUAAAACUUAAGGAGGCCAUUGGGAAGGCAGUCGAAAAUCACAUCCCCCAUGCAAAAACAAAAUCUGGAGAUAAUCUACCAUAGGUCACUCCACAAAUUCGAAAAUUGAUACGUAAAAGGAAUAAUCUGUCCAUCAGGAAAAAAACGGCAACAAAAGAUGGGAUUAGAUGACAUCAAUACAACAGUUAAGCGACCAAAAGCCCUAAAAAGGGUAAUACAAUGUGAAACGAGGAAAGCUUACUGGAGCUAUGUUGAGUCAAUAAUUAAUCCAACUGAUGAUCAAGAUAGUCACACUGGAAGGAAACGUUUUUGAACCUUUAUUAAACAUCACAAAACAGACACUGUUGGAAUUAAGUCCCUCUGUGAUAAAGGUAGAGAUGUGAUCAAACAAGUGGAAAUAGCAACCUUGUUGAAUGACAAUUUCUAGGCAAUCUUUACAACAGAGACAUAAGUGACGCCAGAUCUCCUAACUCGGCCCUCACCUUACACUGACAUGGCCGACAUUAAGAUAACUGAAUCUGGCGUGCCCAAAUUGCUAAAAUCCCUCAAAGCCCAUAAGGCGCCAGGUCCAGACCAAAUCAGCCCCCUCGUAUUGAAACUAAUGGCAAAUGUGAUUGCCGCAAUGCUAACUGCAAUAUUUAAGAAAUCAUGUGACUCUGGUGUAGUUCCCGAAGACUGGAAAACUGCGAACAUUACCCCAGUCUUCAAGAAAGGAAAGAGAUCUGAUGCAGCAACUUAACUACAGACCGAUAUCGCUAACCUGUAUAGCUUGUAAACUACUGGAACAUGUCCUGAGAAGUCAUAUCAUGAAACAUGCAAAUGAUCACAGCAUCUUAUAUGGCCUACAACAUGGUUUCAGAGAAGGCAGAUCUUGGUGAAACACAGCUGGUGGAGUUCAUUGAUGACUUAGCAAACAGAGGUCAAACAGAUGUAGCCAUAAUGGAUUUCUCUAAAGCUUUUGACAAAGUUGGCCACCAAAGACGUCUUUUAAAGUUAGAUCACUCUGACAUUCGAGGAAAGACAAAUAAAUGGAUACAAGCCUUCCUUGCAAAUCGUACCCAGAGAGUUUUCUUAAAUGGGGAACAUUCAUGUAAAACACAUGUCAAGUCAGGAGUCCCCAAAGGAUCAGUUUUAGGUCCAUGUUUAUUCUUACUUUACAUCAAUGACUUACGGAGUCUUUGGGUUCAAAUGACAGUCUUUUUGCAGAUGAUUCCCUGCUAUACAUGACUAUACGGCCACAGGCUGACACCGAAAUUUUUCAGAAAGAUUUAAAGAAAUUAGAACACUCAUCUGGGAGAAGAAAUGGCUUAUGGAAUUUAACGCUGAUAAAUGCCGUGUUGAACGGGUCACUCGUAAGUAGAACCCGAUAAUUCAUGAUUACACCCUGCAUGGUAAAGUUCUUGAAACUGUAGACUCAGCAAUGUACCUGGGAGUCACUCUAACCUCUGACUUUAGAUGGAAUCUUCAUUUUGAAAACAUUGCAUACAAGGUGAAUCAAUCACUUGGUUUCCUUAGAAGACAUCCGUGAGAAUUAAUUCAUCUAAUUUAAAAUCUGUGGCUUACAAGACCUUGGUUCGACCACUACUCGAAUACUCUUCAGCAGCAUUGGAUCCCUAUACCAAAGAGAAUGUGAUGAAACUAGAAAUGGUACAGAGACGUGCGGCUCGGUAUGUCUUAGACUGGUACAAUUACUUAUCAAGUCAAUGAAAUGCUACAGGAAAUGCAAUGGAACACCCUUGAAGAAAGACGGAAAAGGAUAGACUAGUCAUGUGCUAUAAAAUCCACAAUGACCGAACUGGAAUAGACACGGGGAAAUAUCUGAAGCCGCUGGGCCGAGUUAGCCGUCAUGCCAAUAACCACGCUUAUGAGGUCCCAUUCGCUCUCACUGAUUAUAAUAAAUUCUCCUACUUCCCAAGAACAAUAAGGGAAUGGAACGUUUUGCCAAACGAGACAGUAAAUGCCUCUUCUUUGACGACAUUCACAAACUGCCUUUAAUUUAAUUUAUAAUAUUAUUUAUUACUUCUUUUUUAUUUAUUUAUUUUUAUAUAUAUACAUCGACCGCUGGCCAAUUUCCAAUUUGCAAGAAUCAUCAAUUAUUGUGAUGGAGGCAAAUAAUUGGUAGAUAGAUAGAUAGAUAGUAAUUCCUUUGGUUUUUGCUGUAUGACGUUUUUCGCACCCUCCCCUCUUAUUUCUCCUGACCGAAUCUGCCUGUACUUUUAAAAUAAGAAAAACGCCGACAGCGGAAGGAAAAACUGAGCACUUGCUUUCACGAAAACAUACGCCUACACUGCAGGCUAUAAUGCUCUGAUCUCGGCUUUCAUCUCAUAAAGGUUUCCUCCGCUUGCGUGGGUUUCUUUUGGUUCUCUGCCGCCUUUCGAAAUAACAAUCAAGUCUCACUAGACCCCGGUAAGUUUUGCUAAGUUCAGUUCUUACGAUUUCUUUGGGGAACUAAUUUAAGGGCUUGAAAAUGUUCGACGACUGUUUUGAACUUGUGUCCUAGGAACGCAUCAUCUCCAACGGACUCCUGAGCGUUCAGACAAUUACUACUGACAUAGACAUCUCUCCCAGUCAAAACAGUUGUUUGUUUCAGCGCUCUUUUCUCUUGCAAAGCCCACAACUGAUUUCACCACUAUCCAGGGUCGGCCAGGGUUUUUGGGUAUACGGUAUACAGGGGCUUUAUAAAUCGGGUAUACGGUAUAUUGCAGCUUAAAUACGGGUAUUCGGUAUAUAACGUUCUUUGAAUUUCAGGUAUAAAGUAUACCUGGGUAAUUGUAAAUUGUAAAUUGUAAAUUGUAAAUAUCUUAUUAUCCACUCCCCUCAGGGCUCUUCAGGGAUAAUUUACAACACUGGUUGGGGGACUUUGCCAGACUGCUUAAGGUGCAGUUUACAAGUAGUGAAGGAAUGAGUAAUGAUGCCCCCAUACCCCAGUGGGUAUAAUUUUGGGUGUAUUUGGAUGAAUUUUGGGUAUUUUUGGGUAUUUUGGCGAAUUGUAUUCGGGUAUACCGGUAUACCACUACCCCCCUGGCCGACCCUGACUAUCGCCACUUUGUUGAACAGUUAGAAGACUGAGUAAGCUAUUAUGAAGAAAACUGGUCGAUAACUGAUCGGGCAUUGACUCCCGAGUAGCUAGAGCUAGAGGUUAUCCCUAAAAUGUCGAGUCAGCUUUAAUCCUUGUACAGGGAAUCCAGGGAACCAAGGAAAGAAAACUAAAGAAAAAAAAAUUAAAACUCGCUGGAAAUCGAGCCCACGACCUCUGGACUAGACGUACUCGGUUGAUAUGUCGAGUCAGCUACAACGCCUGAUAGUCAGAUGGAGGCAGUUUGUGGAUGAUUAUGGUCGUAUAUCGGGGCGAACAGAGAAUAAUUAACAAUUAUUCCUCGAGCCCGAAUUGGCUCUGAGUCAAUAGCCCAUAAGGCCGAAGGCAAAGCUAGAAGUUCAACAGACAAUGAACGUAAGUCUUAGUACAAGGAAUCCGUGGGAACGAGGUUGCCAGUGGGAGUUAAUUUCUCUUCCACCAUGUGCGAUAUAACAAGGGCUACACUACACAACAUUUAUUUGUAUCAUAAUUCUGUCUGCAAUUUAAAAUCAACCCGCUUAAUGCGGACACUGGAUAAUACGAACAACGAACACUUUCCUGUGUCCCGCGUGUCACAAAAUCUCAUAUGUUUUCAAACCCCCCUUUAUGGACACUGUUUAUCUGCGAGCUGUCUUCGACUGAAUAUCUUACCAGUGAAAAGCUAAUACAAACAGCGAAUUACCUUUAAAAGUUUUAUCUUCUGUUCAGUCCACCUGGCUGCGACGCACACUAAAGGCGUCAGUACAAAGUUGUUAAGUCACAUAUUUCGCUGUUGGUCAGUCGAAAAAGAGGCAGUUUAAGUCCGAGAUAGCCUUCGUGGCUAUCGUUUCCGUACGGUUUAGGAGCAAAGAACGAGGAACAAGAGUCAAAGGCCACGCGAAAAAUGGCGCAAGUAAAAGAGCGGGGUUAGGGGUUAAGGUUCACCUUUGAGUUUCCCCCUCCUUCAUUUUUUGGUUCUCGGUUCAAUUCUCGCGCGGUCAAAACCGAAAAUCCCGUUCCUCGUUUUCUUUUUUGCUCCGAAACUAAACGGAAACGCUUGCUACGCAGGCUAAGUCCGAGACUAUGAUAACUCAAUAGUCCAGUCAAUGUAGGCAUUUUCGAGGCUCAACAUCAAACUAAUUGCAACAUAAUUGUUUUCAACGUCAUUUAAGUAAGGGUGGCCUAUCUAGACACAUACUAAAAAUCCGCCAAAAUCCGUUCGGCGGAACAUGUCAAAAUUAAGCGUUAAACAUUUUGAGCUCUUAACACAGGGCACCCACGUUUGUUGAAAUUAUACGGUUAGGGACUGUGCAAUAAUUAUCAGGAGGGGUGGGGAGCUGAAAAACUAGAGUUAUCUAGCAAAAACUUAGACAGUACCCCCCCCCCCCUCCAAAACAAAAAAAAAUAGUUCUAACCCCCUUCUGUUAUGUUAAAAAAAUGCACAAAAUGUGUUUGUUACUUUUAUUUGAAAAGUGAAAGAAGAAAGAAUAACUGCUACCUAGUUUUUGCUGAUAAAAAAGAAGUGUUUCUUUUUUCAAAAAGGAUAAAUAUUAAACACGGUUGGCUUUUGCACAGGAAGCCCAUAUUCCACUCAAGGAACCCCAAAACAACAGGAGACUUUCAGAGCAAUAGAAUGAACUGUUGGCUGUAAGACUACAACAAAUUUAGUCGUAAGGCUUUAAAUAUGAAAAAUGAAAGCCGUUACUUAAUCAUUAGCUUUUAAAAGAUAUCUUUUUUAUCAGAUUUCUGUUAGCCGCGAGGGUAGGAAAAAUAUAUAUCAGAGCUGGAUUUUUGAAUAACGUUACAGCCAAAAUAGAGCUCUCCCCUCAAACAGUUUUUUUCUUUCAACAGUUGUCUCCAAAGAAGUCAACAUAGAAACUAAGAGUGCACCCAUUGUUCUUCUUUCUUCUCCUCGUUUCUUUCUCCUCGCUCUUUCUAUUUUUCCUUUCCUUGUUCUUUUCUAGGAGGAUUUUUGGGCUCAUUUUCCCUUCGGCUUUCGGUCUCUUUCUCAGUGAAAAGACUGCAAUUUUCGUUCGGUACGUUUUUAAAAAUCCAGCCAGAUAAUGCUUUGGCUUUUACGGUUACCCAUACAUUAAUUUUUGUUAACGUACCAACAUCCUCAAAUAUACAAGUUUCACUUUUUCGAAGCUUUUCAUUUUCUUCGUGUUAAAAGUGCAUUGGAGAGGAGGGGAGGAUAGUUUUACUAAUUCUUUACGAUGCACAACAAUGCAGAGUUUUUGAACAGGUUAAGGUCCAGUGCCCAUAUGAAUUUGAUGAGGGGGAAUUGCUUUUUCAUUAAAGGAAAAGCGUUGUUACCUUCGCAAAGGUUAACGGAACAUUCCUCGCAUAAGAACUUCGGUUCUAGCAAACGUUUGUUUCAAGAAAACGAAAUAGUAUAAUAGGGAAGCUGGUUUUUAAGGGAAAGAUUAACACAAUGCGUAUAAAAAAUAUCUUGUAAGAGUCUCUGGAGUAAUGGAAAUUCCCCACGCAGAGCAUAAUUCACGCAAUUCAGUCAGAAGGUUAACUUGCAGUAAGUUGAAGUGUUACACAACGCUCAUCCGAAGAGAAACAUGGGUUCCGCAAAAAGAGGCGAGCCAUCAGAAGCUAAGUCAGGCAAGCCCAUUAAUGUCGUACAUAUGUCCAGUACUUUCGCGCCUUCAUUGACCACUGAAAUUAUUUUCAGAUGUUAAGGAUCCCAUAAUUGUUACAGAAAAAAGAGGUCUUCAUUUGCCAAUGGACGAAAAAAAAAAACUGGUCGAGGUUCAGGGUUGCCAUUUCUCACAAAGCAAAUUCAAGGAGGGAAUAUAAAUGCCUUCAGACCAUAGGGCAAUUAAUCUUAUUCAUCUUACCAAGAAAUGAAGAGCUGCCGCAGGAAAUACAAAUUAAACACACAGAUACACUAAACUAAAUCUGAGCCUCGCUAUAAGAAGAAGAUGAAAAAAAAGAACAAUUACACUGCGUUGCAUUUUUUGGGUGUAAUGAAAAGCUCAGAGCGUUAUAAUCUAGCAAAAACCAAAUAGAAAGAGUCCUUAGCAGAAUAUUUAUUCACUCACAUUGUAAAGUACGGAGUCAUAAUCCUAAAUGAGGUUGCUCAUAUCGUGAGAAAGAAAAAAGAAUCCCUGAUUUCGAUCACACAUAUUGUGUCCAAGGUUUGAACAUAACUACCUCACAAAAAUCGAUUACAGAAAAUGGGAAUAGGUUAAACAGUUUGUACUGAUACAAAGCUAUCGUCCGUUGCACACAUUUAGUUGCACGUAUCCUGCAGCAUGGAUGCAAAUUUAGUAGCUGACUGAAGGUGAACAAAAUAUCAAAUCAAACUGUUCACCAGCUAUUAAACUUGAUUCUAUGCUGCAGGAUAUGAAAAAAAAUUACAAGCCUGUAAAAAUAAAAAUACUUUCUGCAUUUCUGAUAUUGCGCAAAAAAAAAACUAAUAUUUUUAAUCAUGUCAAUACGACUCACUAAUAAUUUCCCUUUUAAAUACCGUCAUAGAAAAAAAAUUACAGCUUGGAAAACAGAAGGUGAGGACAAACGAGUGGCUGGGUAACCUGUGCAAAGACGUCAAGACGAAACACUGACCCAGGUGUUUCUCACACAUUUAGUCGGCGUUUUAAAACCAAAACUAACCAAAAUACAUUAGCGAUGUUGUAUCGAAAAUUCUUGAGGAAAAAACAAUUAUCAAAUGUUUUAUCUGAAUUUGCGAUCUUCUUGAAAUUGGGUUUCCUGUGGUGAAAGCGGAAAAUCUUUAUUGCCAAUUUUUCUCAUGUUUCACCGAACCGAUUUUGGCGGAUUUUUAGUAUGUUGUUACAAAGCCAUCCAACAAUUAAAUGGCGCUGAAAAAAAUUAUGUUGCAAUUAGUUUGAUGCUAAACCACAAUUUGACUGGACUACAAGUGAAGUUUCUUUACUGGGCUUGUUACAGUCACUGGCAUGAAAUGCAGGAAACAACGUCCUCUCGCAAAAAUGUCUGCUUUAGUCUCUACAUCGAUAAAGCGUGAAUCUGUGACACUUUUUUCUGGAAGCCCGCUUAAUACGGACACCCGGAUAAUACGGGUAGUAUGGCAUGUCCCCUUGGUGUCUGUAUUAACCGGGUUCCACCGCACUGUAUUAGGAAUUUUGUGAGUUUCAAAAGGUGGACGCAUUUUCACGACGUUCUUAAUUUCGGCGUUUAUUAAUUCAUUGCUAACAAUAACAACAGUUCCGUCAUUAAACUGAAACAUUUCGUGAUCUUGGAGUUAUAAAAACCUAACACUGAUAUACCACACGAUAAACGAGACAUGCAUAAAUGAGCAACCAGUGCCAUAAGGUCCAUAGGGCGCUUGCAAACUAUGUCACUAAUUGAACGAAAACCUCAAACUGUUAGUCAAUGCUCUUGUUAUAUCACGUUUGGACUCCUGUACCAGUUUCGGUCUUCUAAACCAGGAACUGGACAAACUUCGAAGAAUUCAAAACACUGCAGCACGUCUUAUUACUGGAACUAAACUUGGUGAAAGCUAUACUGGCUGCCAGUCGAAUCACGUAUAACAUUCAAAGUUAUUCUUAUUUAUUUCAAGAUUCUUGACGGACUUUGUCCGGUCUAUUUGUCGUCCCUGUUACAAUAAUAUCAUCCACCACGAAGUCUUCGUUUAUUCUCCAAAUCACCUUUACUGUGACAUACGGUGACUGUGCGUUUUCCUCUGUGCACCUACAUCAUGGAAUACUCUUCCCGAUUCACUUAAAAAUGCAAACUUACUCUCUUUCUUUCAAUCUGCCCUGACUAAAACAUUCCUAUUUCGGAAAUUAUAAUUUUUAGUUAUGAGAAACAUUACGUAGUUUUACUUUGUUUACAUUAAUUUCAUCAUAUUUACUCUCGUUAUCAGACAUGUUUUGGAGAACGAAUAAAUCUUUUACUGUGAAAUAUGCAUCCUUUUUAUCCUUCAGGGCAUGUGAGGUAAACUGGGCUGUGUGAUACAUACAGACGACUUCAAUCGUUGCUGUUUGACGAAUUUUUUCCCGGCCUGUAGUAAGCUUAACUCCACCUCCUUUAUAUAUCAGUACCUAACUAACACGGAAAGCCAAUAACAGAAAAGAAUGCAUGUUAACUUUGUUAAGAUUCGACGGAUCGGGUUUCUUAUUGUACAUAACAGUCGAGUAAGUUUUAUAUCAAUUUAAAAAAUAUAUAUAUAUGCGGUCGCUCCUGAAUGACUGCUUUGUAAUUAAUCUGUACAUAACCUUUGAAUGCACAAUAACAAUGCAACUACCCUUCUAGCAGAGUCGCUUCGAUCUGCAAUUUUUAGUAUCGACUGAUCGAGUUUCUUAUCAUACGUAACGGUUGAGUAUUAGUUAGUUUAAUAUGAAUUUAAAUUUGAAUGACUGCUUUGUAAUUAAUCUGUAUUUAACUUUGAAUGACAAUAACAAUCCAACUACCCUGCUGGCAGAGUGGCUUUGACCUGCACAGUUUAGUAAAUAAGGGCAUUGUUUAAAAAAGCAGACGCAACCAGGAGCCCAUGGGCUCCUGGUCACGCAACUUUUAAAAAUUGACUUAAAAGAUAUCGUGCAAUUUCUAGGACGUUUAGCACAAAAUAUAAAAUUUACUGCCCCGAUACAUUUCACAUUUUGUCCAUAUGAGGAUUACAUUAAACCAAAUGCCUAUUGACUAUCUAUAACUGUCUCUUUUUUUUAGCAUAAUCAUCGUUUUGAUAAGCUGCGACGCGAAAUUUGUUCAUGUUAAGAGUCCGUGAUACGUCAGCGAAGACCAUAAAAUAGCCUAGAGAUAGUGAUGAUUCAUCAAGUAGACUCACUCAACGAAAACUUUGAUUUCUCGAGGUUUACACGAAAAGGUUAAAGUGCAUACUUUUUUGGAUCCGAGAGGACUUCAACCAUGUUUGGAAAAUCGAGCCGUUUCAUCGUCAUUGUUGUUAUCCUUCUUUCAAGCAGUUUUGCUAAAGGCAAACCCAAAAGUUCCGAUGUCAAAAAAUCACCGGCGCGUACAGUUCACAAAAAGCCUCAACUGAUCGAUCAAACAUUUAACGUCAACAACUGGGGCCUCGGAAAAGCUGAUCGAAAACUGCUAACCGAGAUGAAGUACAAGAUUGACUACCUGUACCAGAAAUCGCCAAGCGCUAAAGGUAUAAACUCUUGCAAUUUAAUCAAACUUGCAGUUAAUUAAAAAAGCGACUAAUUGUUUGAGGGUUAUUAUUAGAGCGACUUACUGUUUGAGGCUUAUUUUAUAAUCAACUGGCAAAUUUUCUUACUUUCAGUUUGUUCGCAAGAUGGUUGGGUUUACUACGGCAACUUCGGCUACCUCAUCAUCGACAUUCGAACCCUAAAAUGGAGCGAUGCUCGACGAACUUGUCAGAUGCUUGGAGGAGACCUCGCUAUAAUAAAAUCAGCGGAUGAGAAUAACUUCAUAUUCACCUUAUUCAAGAAACAGAAAACCAUCACCGAUUUGGGUGUGUGGCUUGGUUUUGUCCGCAAGGCGGACAACAAGUUCUACUGGAUUGAUGACACUCCACUGGCGAAAGGUUACACGGCUUGGGGAAGCGGCGAACCAAACAAUGUUGGUGGGAAUGAAAAGUGUGGAAACAUGUUUGGCUUGUCAAACAGUCGUGCAGGCAAGUGGAACGACUUAUCUUGCGAUGUCGAUCUGGCAAAGCAUUGGAAGUACGCUCCAGUUAUCCUUUGCAAGAAAAAGCAAGUUAGGUGA